AUGUUGCGUUUCGUAGCUCUAUUCGCUUUUGUUAGCUGUGCUUUCGCCGGUUUCAUACCAGAUGAAUUGAAUGGCCGUAUUGUCAAUGGUGUUGACACCACCAUUCAGGCCCAUCCCUAUCAAGUUUCAUUGCAAACCAACAGCGGUUUCCAUUUCUGUGGUGGAUCCAUUGUCAGCAAAGAUGUCAUUGUAACUGCAGCCCAUUGCAUGCAAAGAUACAAGGCCUCCCAAUUCAAGGUGCGUCUAGGUUCCACUGAAUACAACAAUGGUGGUGAAUUGGUGGCUGUUAAAGCUUUCAAAUACCAUGAACUUUACAAUCCCGAUACCAUGGUUUACGAUGUAGCUGUCAUCAAACUAGCCACUCCAGUACGUGAAUCUUCCAACAUCCGUUAUGUUAAAUUGGCUGAAAGAACACCUGCUACCGGCACUACAGCUGUUGUUACUGGCUGGGGUUCCCUAUGCAGUGGUUGCAGUGGUGCACCCAAGGUUUUGCAAAAGGUUGAAGUUGAUAUUAUUGAUGCAGAACUUUGCGCUUCCAAGAAAUACAAAUAUGGUGAUGAAAUCAAGGAAACCAUGGUGUGUGCUUUUGCUGUUAAGAAGGAUGCUUGCCAAGGUGAUUCUGGUGGCCCAUUGGUAGCCGAAAACCAAUUGGUGGGUGUUGUGUCUUGGGGUAGAGGUUGUGCCCGUGCUGGCUAUCCUGGUGUUUACUGCGAUGUUGCUACUGUCCGCAGCUGGAUUGAAGAGACUGCCGAGAAAUUGUAAAUUUUUAAACGAGCUGGAUUUGUUUAAACGAUUAUUUUCUUUAAUAAAUAUUAUUUGAAUUUCAA